AUGACUGAUGCCAAAGACGGCGUUUCACUGUUCGAUCACGCAUCUGGAACUUCCGUUGCUCCUGCUGACACUGCUGCCACUCUCGACCGCUCACAGUGGCAGACUCGCGAUGCUGCUGCGCGCCUCGCUAUUCGCAACCAUCUGCCGAUCACUGAGCGCGCGCAUUUUAGUCAGCACAAGACUGCUAAGGCACUGUAUGAGGUAGUGCUUGCCCACUACUCUUCCCCAGCCACUGCAGCCCUAGGUCGUCUUCUCCUACCCUACCUGUUCCCCGACCUGUCCUCGUUUACCACCGCUGAAGACCUUAUUUCUCACCUUCGCGCUAGUGACGCUCGCUUUCGUGCCGCCCUUCCAGACGAAUUCCUCGCCGAGAAUCCCCCCCUGAUAUACUUUACUCUCUACUUCCUCGUCACCCGCCUCCCUGACACUCUUCGCUCAGUCAGGGACCACUUUCUCGCCCUAGACCCUACCACUCUCACUGUCGCUGAUUUCGAGAAGCACCUCCUAGCAGCCGAACAGAACAUUCUCGCUGUAGGUGCCGCUCGUGGUACUCCUUGCACUCCCCUCUUUGAGGGGUGCUCCCCCUCCCCUCUUGCCCCCUCCUACGCCUCUGCUGCUGCUGCUGUCGACUUCCUUGGUGCUGAGGAGGUAUGGGCUGCUUCUGCUCCUAGUGGGAAGCGCCGCAGCGCCAGGGGCAACAGGGGUGGCAGGGGAGGAGGAGGUGGCGGUGGAGGGGUGGGUGGUGGAGGCGGCGGGGGAGGUGGAGGUGGUGGGGGUGGUCGUGGGGGUGGAGGUGGUGGUGGGGGCGGCGGUGGUACCGGGAGCAGUGGCGGUGGCAGCGGCGCUAGUGGGGGAGGAGGGAGUGGUGGUGGCAGCGGUGGUGGGGGCUGGAGUGGAACCGGCCAGAAGGGGGGCUCCAGUGGUGGCCAGGGGCAGCAGCAGCAGCAGCAGCGUCAGCGCCAGACCCCCACGUCUCAGCAGCUUCAUGACUGCGACGCCUGGCGCGCCAAGUUUCCUGAGGCUACUGAGUUCCCCAACUGGGCAGACCUGCUUAGGCGUGAUGUUCCUAUGUUUGAUCUACACUUUGAUGCUAUUCUUACUGCCAUGUAUGCAUUGACUGUUAGUGCUGAGGGUGACUGCUACUUGUGUAUGCCGCCUGACCCAGGUAUAGAGGCUGCAGCCCUAGGUGCUAGUGAGUCUGCUCUCCCUGGUACUGCGUCGGCUCAGGCCUUGCACACCUUUACACUUGACUCUGGUGCUUCCCGCUGUUUCUUUCGCGACAGUACCACAGUCACUCCCCUUCCUGCACCUGUCCUUGUCUCACAGGCUAACCCCUCUGGGGGCCCAGUGCUUGCACGGUCCACUACUGUGCUUCCGUGCCCGGCGGUCCCGUCCGGUGAGCUGUCAGGUCUCCACAUCCCCUCGUUCUCUACAAACCUGGUGAGAAACAUCGUCCUUCAGGAUCAUUGGGUUGACACCUUUACUCCUGGAGGACAGCGUGUGGCGAUCUGCACGUGCUCUAAGACUGGCUGCCACCUGGCCACGUUCAUACGUGAGCCUGGGUCCAAUCUGUACACCCUCAUCACAGUGUCGCGCUACACCCCUUUGUCUCCUCAGCUGUACGCGUCCGCUCAGGUAGCUACCCAGUGUGAGUGUCGCCGCCUGUCGCACCAGACUCUCCUCUGGCACCACUGCCUUGGUCUCUGCCCUCUCUCCCACCCUCGCCUGCGCCGCCCUGCAUUCCUUGCGUCGAGGGGCGGCAGCGCGCUGCUCCUCACUCCUCCUCGUUCCCUCCGACAGAGGCACCCUCUUCUGCAAACUCUCCACCUGGACGUGUGGGGCCCAGCCCGUGUCCAGGGACAGGGCCGCGUUCGGUACUUCCUGCUGGUUGUCGACGACUACAUGCGCUACACGACGGUCUUCCCCUUCCUGUGCAAGGGGGACGUCCCUGCUGUUUUGAUCCCUUGGAUCCGCGCUGUUCGUCUCCAGCUCCGCGAGCAGUUCCACUCGGACUUUCCUGCCCUGCGUCUGCACUCUGACAGAGGUGGUGAGUGCACCUCCGUCCUCUUGCGAGCUGUCUGUGAGGAGGAGGGCAUCCUCCAGUCGUUCACACUUCCGGCUUUUCCGCAGCAGAAUGGAGUUGCUGAGCGCCGCAUUGGCUUAGUCAUGGAGGUCGCUCGUACCUCCAUGAUCCAUGCGGCUGCUCCCCAUUUUCCGUGGCCGUUUGCGGUCCGGUACGCCGCGCAUCAGCUCAACCUCUGGCCCAGUGUCUCCUUGCCGGAGACUUUGCCCACACUACGUUGGACGGGGAAGGUUGGCAAUGCGUCGGGUCUGGGGUGCUCGUGCCUUUGUCCACGAUACCACUGCGGACAAGCUCUUCGCUCGCGCCAUUCCCGAAUUGGUCACCAAUCCCUGCCCCGCCUUCGUGGCAUUCACUUUCGCUCCCUGGUCUCUGGUCUACCCAGGUCUGUUCCCUCCCUCCCUCCCUCGCCUGUGCCGCCCUGCAUUCCUUGCGUCGAGGGGCGGCAACGCGCCGCUCCUCACUCCUCCUCGUUCCCUCCUACAGAGGCUCCACUGCAGACUCUCCACCUGGACGUGUGGGGCCCAGCCCGCGUCCAGGGGCAGGGCCGCGAGCGGUACUUCCUGUGA